AUGAAAGACCUCAAGAAAGACCCAGACAUAUUCAUGGUCACAGCUGACAAGAGACGUGCAAUGGUCAUCCUUGACAAGUCUGAGUUCCAUUCCCUGGUCAACAAGAUGCUCACCGACCCCACCACCUACAGAAAACUUAAGAAGGAUCCCACCAGCACACUCCAACGGAGGGACGAGAAACAUAAGGUCGAGAGGACUUUGAGAAGGAGCUCCAUUGUGUACGCCAAGAAGAGUCCGAGAAGGCCGAAAGUAUACGAACACGCUAAGAGGGUUCAUUAUUUGGCCAGUGCUGAGUACAGAUUCACAAGUCCUAGAGUUCCUGAACUCUUCCCUACUCUCACAACAAAACUAGAAUCCCAUACUUCGACCUUCACCCCAGACAGGAAGUCACCCUCCACAAGGGAGACAACUACAACAGUCGGUUUACCGCCGAUCCCGGAUCCAUCUUUGAAAGCCUCUUUACUGAGACGUCCAACAACGAUUGGGACCCGACCUUUGGAAGAAAAAGACGAAGGAUUCCAGGCAUUUGCAAACCGUUUAGAUUUGAAGCCCAUCACCAUCGAUGAUUCUCCGUCCAAGACUCUGAAGUUCUACACUCACAAAUAUCUGCUGCUGCUUCAGAAGCUGCUGAAGGAGGAUCGGGAUAAGUAUGCAGAUCGACGCAGCGUGAACCCAAAUCUUGGACCAGAUCCACUAAAACGAGGCUCCGACGUGGGAAAGAGGCUGGUGGUGCUGAACAUGGCGUUGGAGGAACUAGACAAGGAAACCAUAGACUGUCGUUUUAUAACGGAGCUGAGGGAGGACACCUUUGAUCCAAGGAGGUGGCCCUGGAAUAGAAAUAGGUAUCAGAAAUGAUCAGAAUAUCAUAUCACAUGCGAUAAUGAUCACAACCUUUGUCGUGUCUAUCCAUCCUCCAUUUUUA